GGCAAACUGGACUUCUUCCAGUUGCACAGGUGAAAUAAGUGUAGAUCCAGAGAGGCCAAGUCACUUGCCCAAGGGCCCACAGCUUGUGAGCCAGGUGGAAUAAAGCCUGGACUCUGAAGGGCAGGGAUUCGGUAGCACCUGGUGAUUGGAGCCAGUAAGGUCAUCUGCUUGCCUGUGAGCCAAACGGCCGGCUCUUCACAGCUGGAACACAGAGGCAAGGAGGAGCUCCUUCAGCUGCCAUGAGGAGCCUGGGUGUCUCCUCACCGGUUGAACAGCCUGUGGCUGCCUUGGUAUUUCCAGCUGUGCAUAGUGACCAACUGUCUGGAGACACACACUGGAGUUCUGUUCUGCAGCAGUGAACAGUGAAGGUCUCCAAAGAGAUGGAGUACGACGACACUUACAACUAUUCCAGCAAUUACAACGAUGAGUACCCUGACGGCUUUGACCCCAUCAUAGAUUUGGAGGAGGAGGAUCCGCAGGAGGCCAAGGUAGCCCGCAUCUUCCUGGUGGUGAUCUACAGCGUGGUGUGCUUCCUUGGGAUCCUAGGCAAUGGCCUGGUGAUCGUCGUUGCCACCUUCAAGAUGAAGAGGACAGUGAACACCGUGUGGUUCGUCAACCUGGCAGUGGCCGACUUCCUAUUCAAUAUCUUCCUGCCUAUCCACAUCACCUACGCCGCCAUGGACUACCACUGGGUGUUCGGGAAGGCCGUGUGCAAGAUCAGCAGCUUUUUGCUCAGCCACAACAUGUACACCAGUGUCUUCCUGCUGACGGUCAUCAGCUUUGACCGCUGCAUCUCUGUGGUACUUCCUGUCUGGUCCCAGAACCACCGCAGUGUCCGGCUGGCCUAUAUGACCUGUGUGGUGGUCUGGGUCCUGGCUUUCUUCUUGAGUUCCCCAUCUCUUGUCUUCCGGGACACGAACAAUGCAAACGGGAAAAUAACCUGCUUCAACAACUUCAGCUUGUCUGCCGCUGAGUCCUUCCCACACUCCACUCACUCGCGAGGGCAUCCUGUAGGGUUCAGGAGACACAUGGUGGUCACCAUCACCCGCUUCCUUUGUGGCUUCCUGAUCCCUGUUGUUAUCAUCACUGCCUGUUACCUCACCAUCGUCUUCAAGCUGCAGCGCAACCGACUGGCCAAGACCAAGAAGCCCUUCAAGAUCAUCAUCACCAUCAUCGUCACCUUCUUCCUGUGCUGGUGCCCCUACCACACGCUCUACCUGCUGGAGCUCCACCACAUGGCUGUGCCGGGCUCCGUCUUCAGCCUGGGAUUGCCCCUGGCCACUGCCAUUGCCAUUGCCAAUAGCUGCAUGAAUCCCAUUUUGUAUGUCUUCAUGGGCCAUGACUUUAAGAAAUUCAAGGUGGCUCUUUUCUCUCGCUUGGUCAAUGCUCUGAGUGAGGACACGGGGCCUUCUUCCUACCCCAGCCACAGGAGCUUCACCAAGAUGUCCUCACUGAACGAGAAGCCUUCGGUGAAUGAGAAGGAAACCAUCUCGCUCUGAGCCUUACUUGGGAAUACUCUCAUGGGUGCUGCAGCCCAGGGACACCCAGGGACUUGUCUCCUGAAGUGGGAGACAUGGUGGGAAACUUUCUGGUAUGCUCCAAUGCCCACUACAUUUUGCACAAAGUGACUCAUGUUUUGAGUGGGAUUCCCAGUGUGUAGACACUCUUCUAGAAAAACGGAAGUCCGAGCCUCUGGAGUGGGGGCUGUAGGGGGCCAGCUUUGACUGACUCAGACAGAAAAGAGCAGGAUUCUCCGUACAGGCACAAGAUUUCCCUGUGUGUGCUGUACAGUCUCCAGUGUGGGUGAGGAGGCCAGAGCAAACCUAUUGUAGACCUGAUACAGCCAUACAGCCAUACAGCAAGUCUCCCCUCCCCUCCUCCCCGCCACCAUUCUCCAAGACCUUGACUUUGGAUUUCAAAUGAACUGGGAAAACCAGGACCUGGGGGACCGAUGGAAGCCUGAAAAGGCGCAGUGUGCUGUGGUGGUAAAGAAUGGAGAGGGAGAGCUGAGAACCCCAAAGGACAUCUGCAGAACAUCGCAGACGAGUGCCACAGGGACACAGUGCUCUAGGCUGAGGGUGCCUGGGGUUCAGGUGGUGGCAGCCCUUGACUUCAGUGACUAUUCACCUGGCACUGUAACCCGAGUCUGGGGUGGGGACAUCUUUACGGAAGUUGUUCACUCCGCGUCAGGGGCUCUUCUCUCCUUCCCUAAUCUCUCAACUCCAGCUGGAAGGUCUUAGAAUACACCUUCCUGGGUGGAGGGUGGAGGGUGGAGUGGUCGUCUCCCCCAUCCAUCCCCUUUAAGCUUGGAGACUGGUCUAGAGUGGAGUUUGAGAUGCCAGCCUCCGAGCAUAUCCCAAAGGCUGUGACAUUAACUAGCUAAUCUGAGUCCUUGAAUCACACUUUGCAGCUGAGGCAUCACAGCCCUGUGGGCAGAUGGUGGACAGCUUUCCUCCCCAAAUCAGACACUUUCUCCUGGCAGGGAAGCCAAGGGGAGGGAAAUGACUCAUCCGACACCACACACUCCUGGUCAGUGACAUAGACCUGAGCCUGGGUCUCUGCCUGGCUAGCUUUGCUCCUUCACUGAAGAUUUGAUAGCCUGCAUCAUUUAACAUUUCCCACACACGCUGGGUGUUUCACAUGUAUCUUCUCAUUUAUUCUUUACAGAAAUCCCGAGUUAGGUCCUUAUACACAUGAGGAGUCAGAGACUCAGAGAGGUUAAGUGACUGGCCCAAGGGGACCCAGUUAGAUGCUGGCAAACUGGAUUUGAACUUCAGUUUCCUUGACUCAAAGGGGAGGUGGAGUCAUGAAGCAACUGAUGGGUGGGUUGGCGGUUUUAGCCAUAAAUAUCGUUCUUCAGUC